UUUUUCAAUUCUCUACUGAAGACGGAAGAGGAGAAUGGCAGGAAAGGAACUAGAUCCAAAAAUCCCCAAUUAAUUCUACCUAAAAAACCCUAAUAAAAACGAACUCCCUCCACUUCACUCGCCAACGCCGGAUUUCUUUCGUUUACAUCACAGUCCGCUAGAAAUUACUCUUGGGUGGCCGAAAUGGCGGCAGUUCCGGUGGCCAGGUUCCCUAUUUUCAUUGUAGUCCGGCUGCUCGGGGUGAUCAUCGCCGCCUUAGUCCUCACGUGGACGCUUCAUUACAGAGGGGGAUUGGCUCUCGUCUCCGACAACAAAGAUCUCAUCUUCAAUGUUCAUCCAGUUCUUAUGGUGAUCGGGCUAUUACUUAUGAAUGGUGAAGCCAUGUUAGCCUACAAGACAAUUUCAGGAACAAAAAACUUGAAGAAACUCGUGCAUCUCGCGGUGCAGUUUGUCGCCCUCGUUCUCAGCUUGAUCGGCGUGUGGGCAGCACUGAAGUUCCACAAUGAUAAGGGCAUUGACAACUUCUACAGUCUCCACUCGUGGUUAGGCCUUGCAUGUGUUUUCCUCUUCAUCAUUCAGUGGGCAGCUGGGUUCAUGACCUUUUGGUAUCCAGGUGGUUCGAGAAGCAGCAGAGCGACCUUGAUGCCGUGGCAUGUCUUCUUUGGAGUCUAUAUAUAUGCGCUUGCUAUUGUUACAGCUACAACUGGUCUCUUGGAGAAAGCCACGUUCCUUCAAGUCAACAACGUGAUAUCACGUUAUUCAACUGAAGCUCUGAUGGUGAACUCAUUGGGUGUCUUGAUUGUCGUUCUUGGUGGCUUUGUUGUUCUGGCGACAAUUAGUCCUCUUCAUGGCAAAGGGGAAAUCCCCAGGAAUGCCACGGAGUAGGGCGAUGGAUCGUCCUGUAAUUGGAGGUUCGCUACUGCACAUAGCACACAGGCUUCACUAGAGGAAGAAGAAUGCCCCUGUAGAAAACCAGUCGAUACUUGAUACCUGUGGGGAUAUUCUGGAAAAGUGAGGCUAACGACGCCCCUUCUUCCUCGGGCUUACUGCAAAAAUGCAAUUUAAGGAUGUGCAAACUUUCCUAUUUAUUACCUUUUCAUGCUCCUUUAUCAUGGUUUACCCAUUAAUCAAGUUUGGUACUUACUGUUACUGGUUUCUCUGUAUGCUCCUUUAUUAUGGCAACCAUGGCAAACACAUGGAGUUCCAACUCUUGAAUACAAUGCUGCAUUGGAAAGUACUGAAGAUGCUCCCAUGAAAACUCGAGUCACUUCAUGCAUGAUAUAUCCGUAUACGAGAUUGCAUUUAUACGAGUAUCUGUACAGUUGAGGCCUUUUCCUACAGACUUUCGAAGCAAUAACUGACCUUCAAGUUUGGGGCGAGAGUCGACUGCUACAACCCUGAACUGCUUUCCAAGCUCAUGUGCAUAUGUAAUAGUUAAUAUGACGAGCAAACUUCGGGAAAUGAAUGUCUGUUAACAACUGUCCACCUAUAAAGAGCAGA